AAUUGUUCGAAUGAUAUGUAACAAAGAUUUUCACAAUCUAUAUAGAGAGUGAAGAAGAUGGCCUGGAGACCUUGUGCUUAACUGGUUGGAUCUCCUUUAAAAUGAAAAAAUCGAGGAAGGCUGAGCAAAAAUACUCUUAAAGAUCAAUUGCAUCUAAGUACAAAAAAUAUACAACACACGUAAAUGUAAGACCAACAGUGGUCGAACUUUGGGAAUGAAAAUAAAAGAAAGAGUUGAAGGAGAAGGAUGAAGAAAAGAAUGGUGAGAACACAAAAAAAGAGAAUAAGAGAAUCUAAUAACAAAUUGAAAGGUACAAAAGAGUACAAUAAAGAGAGUAAAAAGAGAAAAAAGCAUGAUAGAGACAAAGAGGAAAUAAAGAAGAAAAAUAAAAUCAAAAGAAGGAAAUUUAAAGAAGAAUUUCAAGUAAGACGAUUAAUAGAAUAAAAUGGCAACGAAAACACAAAGAAGAAAAAAAGUGAAACCUGGCAAAAAGAGACCAAUAAAAAACUGGAGCCUUCAAAUUAGGAGAGAAAUGAAAGUAAAAGAAAGAAGGAAAAAUGGCAGCAAACAUAAAUCGGAAGAUUACGAAGUAGAAAGUGUGAAUGUGCUUGCAGAGAUCGUGGUGAUGCUUGAUGGCUUCCCAAGGGCAUUAUGAGGUGAAGUAACAUUGACAAUUAAAUGCAUCCUUCAGAGGCUCGAAGGUAAGCGACCAUGCUGUCGAGAGGAGUAAUCAGGAGUAACUUUUCUUGGAAGUACAGACGAAAGAAAGCUUUUGGAGCGCUGCUAGGACGACGACCCGAUAGCAAGGCUACUAGAAAAAUUCUCAACGGUUAACAUGGCAAAAUGUUUGGCUGAACGCAGAAAUACAAGGCUGGGAGUGGCUCAAGUCUGGUGAAGCUCUCGAGCAGAAACACUGGUCUUUGCGAGUGUGGGAAACCGAAAAAGUCUGGCAAGCCUGUAAAAGCUUGGACAUCCUCUUCCAGGUCGAUAUUAGCAGUGAAAAGAUCAUUCUACUUGGAUGCAGUUGAAGGACCACAUCGAAGAUUAGCAGACAUGGCUAAGCCACCACUGCUUCUUCUUUUAUUUGCAACGGUCAUCGCCAACAUUCAUUUAGUUUUCACAGCGGAUACGCCUUCAGCGCCCGGCGACUACACGUUCAGCGGAUUCUUUUCUUUGCAUUCUUCGGACGGUACAGUGACUCAGAAUUGUGGAGAAAUAGACACGCAAAAUGCAAUCAUUUACCUCGAGGCCUUCCGAUACGCUCUUAAGUUUGGUGACAGUCUUAACCUUACUGAUUACAAAAUCGGUUACCAAAUAGUGGACACGUGUGAUAGUUCAACAGUAUUAAAAAGAGUCAUAAAAGAUCAAUGCAUGCAACAAUACGCAAAUAAAAUGGUAGCUGUUGUUGGACCUAGCAGCGCAGAUGCUGCAUCUGAGAUGUCCCAGGUUUUCAAUGUUUGGGUCAUAAACAUGCUGAGUUACGCCGUUGGAUCGCCGAUUUUCGAUGAUCGUGUGCGUCACGAGAAAAUUCUGAGAACGGUUCCCUCGGACAGUUAUCAAGUCAAUGCCUUGGUAGAUCUAAUAAAGCGUUUCAACUGGACAUAUGUCACAACAGUUUCGUCAUGUAGUAACUACGAACAAAAAACUCUCAGCAGCUUCCGUGCAGCUAUGAAUGCGAAUGAGCGAUGUUUGGCGCGCUCGACCGUCUUGCCUUGCGAGCGCACUGCUGCUUCAUACGAUUACGAGCUAAAUCACAUCCUUAAGGACUCGAAAGUACGCGUUGUGGUAUUUUUUACUUCAAAGGAUGAUACUUACGGUAUGCUCAAUUCUGCCAAACGGAACAAUCUAGAGCCAGGCAGGCUUGUGUGGCUUGGAAGUACAAGCUGGGGAAAUUUGGACUUGAAAAUGCAAGGGCUGGAACAUGUCUCUUCUGGUGCUUUGACUUUGAUUCCUAAACGAUCAAACAACAGCGAAGAUUUUAAAAGACAUUUUUUUUCUUUAAACCCAGUAAACAAUAAUUAUACAUAUUUCAUUGAAUACUGGGAGGCAAUCUUCAACUGCUCUACAGGUCAAACACCGAACAAGCAUGGGAGAGCUCCUUGUACUGGUAAGGAGAAGCUCGAAGAGGGCAAAGGAUGGCAUCCUUUCACAGAUGUUCAACCAGUGUUUGAUGCAGUUCUUGCUGCUUACCGUGGAUUUUAUCGAGUACUACCAUCUUGCUCUUACCUUCCUCAUUUGUGCAUCCUCCAUGCGAUUCUUGUGUCUAGGAAUAUAAUAAAAAAACUUCAAGAGAAACCCUAUCAGUCUUUACCAAGUGACCGUUCCAUUACCUUUGAUUCAAGAGGAGGGGUCAUUGGUCAUUAUGAAGUUUUGAAUUUUGCUCCAAAUGGAGCAGAUUUUGCUUACAAACUUGUUGGAUCUUGGCGAGCGGAUAGCAGUUCCACAACAGCAGGAAAGCUUUUUCUUGAUGACAAACAGAUUUUUUGGGGUGAUGUUGCAUCAAACGUAGCCCCAAAGUCGGUCUGUAGUGAGCCGUGUCAAAGGUCUAAAGGCGAGAUCAAAAUUCCGGACAAAAUCGAAGCAUUAGUGCUGUGUUGCUGGACCUGUUCGAAAUGCAAAGUUAAUCAAAUGAUCGUGAAUGAGACUUGUGUCUCUUGUCCGGAGAGACAAAGGCCUGACGAAAAUAGAGACACGUGUGUUAUGCUUCCAGAAAGAACCGUUAAGUAUUCUGAUAAAGUUGGUGCUGCUGUAGUUUGUUUUUCGUGCAUUGGGUUUCUUGGAACAACAAUCACAGUAGCCAUGUUUAUCUACUUCUACUCAUCGACCAUCGUUAAAGCUUCUGGGCGUGAGCUUAGUUUCAUCAUGCUCUCAGGCAUCUAUCUCUGUUUUGUGUCACCUUUAAUUUUUCUUAGCAUACCAUCUGUUAUAGUUUGCGGAAUACAAAGAUUUAUUGCGGGCCUGAGUUUCAGCGUCAUCUACGCACCACUGUUUCUUAAGACCAACAGAAUUUUCCGCAUUUUUGAUUCCGCAAAAUCGUCUACAGCAAAGCCAUCUCUUAUCAGCCCUCUUUCGCAGACCCUCAUUAGUCUCAGCAUCAUCUUUACACAGUCGCUUCUAGGUAUUGUCUGGAUCAUUGGUGACCCUCCAACGGUAAAUGUCGUCUAUCCCAGCGCUCGCAUUGAUUACAUCAUCUUCUGCCGGUCGGAUCCAUACACCAUGAUCCUGAAUCUAUUUAUCUGCCUCGUAAUCAUGUUAGCCUGCACUUGGUAUGCCUUCCGUACACGACAUUUUCCCAAAAACUACAACGAGACAAAGAGUAUCAUGUACACCCUUUAUUUCAGCUGUUUUGCCUGGGGUGUUUUCUUGCCAACAUAUCUGCUAUCUGACGAUCUGGAGUCUUUCUUCCGCACGUACACCUUGGCAAUAUUCUGUGACGUAAUCGGCUUCAUAUCCCUUGUUGGUUUCUUCGGCCCAAAGAUUCAGCUGCUCUUCCGUAAGUCUGCAGUGAACGACAGUGCCGCGACAGGAACGAUGAUCUUAUCGCAGACGGAUCAUGCAUUCAGGAGAACGGAAGAUGUACGCAGGGUCAACGUUGGAGAGCAGGUGGAAGAUUCGCCAAAGCCACUCGAGGACAACCUUAGCAACAACAGCCUUACCAAUCAAAGCAUGUUGACUGCAGCAACCAACUUAUCAGUACAGAACGAUAACUAUGAUUCAUAAGCUCUACUACAUGAUAAUAACGUUUAUGUUGUAGAUUUUAAUACAAGACAUUCAUUUUUUUAACUUCACAGUUAACAUUACAGGGAAGAUCACUUAAUUUGCAUUCGAGCUUAUCUCGAUACUUGACACUGCCUUUCAAAUAUACUUUACUUCACAAUACAUCGUUUCAAUAUUGUACGUCGGCGAGUUUCUUGUAAUAUAUGUUUCAGAGCCAUUCCAGUCAAAUUGAAACUAGAGGCUUGAAACUAGAGACGUAGGUUGUGAUUGCCAUUCAAUAGACGACAUAGGUGAGCUAUUGAGUUCCUUAAUCAUGGGCUCCGACACAGGUUAGAAAGUGGGGGGGGGAAAGAAAAAAUUUAACAGUCAUAACAAAGUAUUUUGAAAAAAGCUUUAUUGAUUUGGGAAAAGUGAUUGACAUGCCCCCUUCGUCAGAGGCCCUGCUAAUAAAGCAUCUACAUUCAAAUUGAAGAUUUUAGAGAAUAGAAAUGACAAAUGACAAAAAGGAUUAUUAAAAAAGAAAGACAAGUCAAAAACUGUAUAAGCUGGUUUUCUAUGUAAUUUCUACGGAUUUUUAUUCAUAUUUGUUGGAUAAAGAACAUAAGCAAUAUGAACAAACUCAUCCCCGGUACCCAUUUCCGACACUGCUAUUCAGGCUAAGAUAUUUAAACGCAUAUUGUUCCAUAUAUACAUAGACAGAUCACCCAUCACGUGUGAUCAUGCGAUGUGAUCUUUGUUAAAUGUCAAAAGCACAUCUUGGUAGAUUUACCUUCAACGCAAAAUUCUGUCUUAAUUCUUCCCAAAAGUUGCAUGCUCCCAGUCUAUCAGAUAAAACUGCUCCUUUUCAAAGAACCAUUCCCUGAGUUACAUUUUAGGAAUCUCUUAGACCUAUUUUAUGCUUUCAGUAACCUAACUCGCACUUUUUCCUCCAAGGUGAGAGGUUCAGAAUUCAGCCUCGAAGCAAAUGAUUUAAUUAGACCCAAUAAAUAAACCAGCUUAAACAAGCUCUAGUUAACCAUAGUUUUCAGGCAAUGAACUCUCACUCUUUUGUGGUAUUUCGAGCAUACAUAUACAUAAUGCAUUGCUACAAAGCAUUGUUGCCAGACUAAUCUAUACCCAUGAUUGUUUAUUUAUUAACCUUCAGUCGUAGAAGUCAAGCUUUGGCUCCUUGUGAAAAAACCAGCAAGUUAAAUUGCAUUAGGAUCUUGUAAAGCUUUUUUUAUUACUUAUUGAAUCGUUAUAAGCAUCGAAAUCUCGAAAAUCCAAGAUUCUAAUCUUAAAUAUAGAAUUAUUAGUAGAUUUGUCACAAAUGGUCUCUAUAAAGAGUGCUUCAAAACCAAUGAGGUUUCAUUUAAGGGACUCGCUCAAACCCAAAUAUUUCACCUAUCAGAGCGAUUCUCUUCAAUUCAAAUUUUUAGUUUUUAGUCAAAUUUCUGAUUUGUACUGCUGAACAAAAUCAUGGUGUAAUCAAAUUGAUGGCAAACACUUCUUUCGGUACCAUUUUUUAGAAUGAUGACAUUUAAAGAACCAUCGAUAAGCAAUUGAAAACACUGAUGUCCAAAACACCUAAAAUGGUCAAUUAUUACAACACAAAUUGCUAUUUGACAAUAAUGGGCUACUGGGGCCGUUCCCAACAUAAACGACUAGAUUAGCCUCUGCUCGUUCAGGGGCGGAUCCAGAGCAAAUUUGAAGGAGGGACAGUUGGUAGUGGGGGCACUGAAAAUUUUCAAAAAUUGGUCACGAGAGUACGCUGUAUACAACAGUUUCAGAUCCAUUUUCGGAAUAAACAACAUAACUUUGAGGUAAUCCUUGAAGCAAAUUAACCUACCGGUCGCCGAACCAUUUUUAUCUGAUUCUCAUUCUUUCAAAAGGGCGCACAAUUUCCAAAAAAGGGGCGCCAGACUUGCUUCAACUCGUUGGGAGAGGGACAACUGCCCCUUAAACCCGCCACUGUGCUCAUUUGGAAUAAUGCGAAUGGUAGAAAGUCGAAUCUUAUCCUGGCUGGCGCAUUGUGCCCAAAUCUGCUACCAGGACGUCAAAGAGGGUCAUUGUACCCUUUUACUGUAUUGUCGCACUUUGAUUAAGUCAUUCUUUCUUCUUGGUAAAGGUGUAAAAUAUCGCUGAAAUGUAAUCUUUAUAUAAUAGUAAAGGUGUUUGGUUUUUAAAGCUCGGGAGGAUCAUUUUGACCUCUUCUUCGAUUAUCAUACUUCUGACGUUUAGCUUUGCCUAUCUUAUGCAUAGGGUCAUUUUAAGCUUGAUCUGCUGUUUUAAUGUGUAAUUCGAGUAUGAUCAGACACGUGUGUAUUUGAUUUAUCAAGCAAUAAUGAAAAUGUUUUUUCUCA